GCAGUCAGUUGUGCGGACGCUUCGAAAUGGCCAGCACGGAGAGUUUAGAUGGCAGCGCCGAUGAUAUAUCGGCGGUGCCCCAGGUGGGUCACCUGACCACGGAACCACAAGAGCUGGAGUGUCCUGCAUGCCAUCAGACACAAGUUACCCGAGUGGCUAGAGAGGCGGUAACCUUGUCGCAGAAGAUAGUGUGCUGCCUAAACAAGCUUCUAUGCUGCAAUCCCAUUCACUGGGAGGGGCGCCAUGAUAUCAACCACUACUGUAGCUCAUGUGGCUGCUUCAUCGGACGAUACAUUACCCUCAGCUGGUACAAGAGGACAUUCUUCCGGCUGCGAAGAGACGACGUUGAAGACAACAUUCAGUGGCUUCCUCAAAGUAAAGAAGAACCAAAAGGAAAUCAAUAA